GACUCCGAUUAACUUUGCGAGUCACGAGCCAUAGCAGGCUGCGCGAUUGGGAUGAUUGAGAUGGCAGCCUGAAUCGAAAUAUUUUUACACUCGUCUAUACAUAGCCUGGUGUCUCGCUACCUCGGCCUCGUCUGAACACCCUCGACAUCAUCUUAGGUAUACACCAACAUGCCCAAAGCUAUACCCCCAGAAACAAUCGUCGUAAUCGGUGCUGGCGUCAUUGGCCUCUCCGCGGCCCUCCUCCUUCAGUCCACCCUCCUCCCCUCGCAACGCAUCGUGAUCAUCGCCCGAAACCUCCCUCACACCGAGUCCAUCAACUACGCCAGCCCAUGGGCUGGUGGGCACUACCGCCCCGUCCCUGGAACAACCGCACAACUAAAGCAAGAAUCCCAAUGGGCACGGCACACAUACCAAACCUUCGAACGCAUCGCAGCCGAGGACAUCUCCGCCGGCGUACAAUUCAUGCGGGGCAUCGAGCAUUUUGAAUCCCCUUCUCCAGAGUACGUGGACGUAGCGCUCGACGUGAAUAGCUCUGUAUAUGCACACCUCAGCCCGUCUUUCCGACGUAUCUCGCAAAAGGAGCUUGCGGACGAACAGGUGAAGCUGGGAAUUACAUAUUGGACUUAUUGUGUCAAUACGCCUGUUUAUCUAGGCUGGCUCCUAAGGAAGUUUCUUCUUGGGGGCGGUGUGGUGAAAGAGUAUACGUUGGCUUCUAUUGACGAGGCUUUUGCGCUCGGCGCCAGUGAUGGUGGGGGAGUAGUGAAGGCUGUGGUUAAUUGUUCUGGCAUGGGGUUUAAUGAUGAGAAGAGUUUUAUUAUCAGAGGUCAAACAUGUCUCGUGCGUAACCCCAUCUCAUACACUUUAACCCGGCAGGGCGCGGACGGAACUUGGUCAUUCGCCAUCCCACGUCCUUUGAUGGGAGGCACUGUCAUUGGCGGCACAAAGCAACCGGGUGACUGGAAUCCACAUGCACGUGCCGAAAUCAGGGAAACGCUGCUACGGAAUGCGUCGAAAUGGUUCCCGUUUGAGGGCGGGGAAGGUGGUGAAUUCGACGUUAUCCGUGAUAUUGUCGGACGAAGGCCGGCUAGGGAAGGAGGGUUGAGGGUGGAGAUUGAGAGGGUUGAUGUGGUUGCGCCGGAUACUAUGCAUGGCCAGAAGAAAGAGGGUAAAUCUGUGGUGCAUGCGUACGGACUUGGGGGUAGGGGGGUGGAGUUGUCCUGGGGGGUGGCAGAGGAAGUCAAAGCGUUGAUGCUGAGGGAAGGACUUAUUGCAGAACGAGCUGCGCUGUAGAUAUAUGCUAAGGAUGACAUGAUACCAGGCUUGUACAUAUAUCAAUUGAUGUUAUGUAGAUAUGAGAAAAGCAACCCAACCCGCUCACAGAUGCUCAGCGCUGUAUUGCCUUUAUCCUGUCCCUAUAAAAAGUGUCUUUUUG